AUGGGGAAUUUACAACAUUCUUACCAUGUCUCUACCUUUCUGGAAGCCAAAAAUCUAUUGCUGCUUUUUGGUUUUAUGCUUGGAGCAGCUAUCUUACAAUUCAUCCUUACCCGCUUCUAUAAUUUAUAUCUCCACCCUUUAAGCAAAUUUCCCGGUCCAAGUCUCGCAGCAGCCACUGGAUUGGUAUUCUCCUACAAAGUUCUACGUGGCGAAGAGGUCGCAUGGGAAGCAGAAAUGCACAGGAAAUACGGCGAGGUUGUGCGGCUUGGACCUAAUCGACUAAGUUACGUGACACCUGAAGCUUGGAAAGAUAUCGCUGGCCCUGGAGCGGGCAAGCGCCUCGAGAAUACGAAAGACCCAGGAACAUUUGGACCAGACUUCGCCGGUACAUUGUCUUUAGGCUCCCAGCCCGACACAAUGGUUCACAGGAUGCAUCGAAGGGUCUUUGCACCGGCAUUUAGCGACAAGGCUUUGAAGCUACAAGAGCCAUUGAUCCAAGGUUACCUCAACUCACUCGUAAGGAUCAUCAAGAACAACGCAACAACUACCCCAGCUGUUGAAUUCGACAUCGCCAAACUACUCAACUGUAUGACCUUUGAUGUUAUGGCAGAUCUAGCUUUUGGAGAGCCUCUUGGCCUCCUCGAUCAAUCAGAGUUAUCGCCUUGGGUCCAAGCCGUCCUUGGAAACGUCCGAAGAAUUUCAAUCGCCCGUCUGGCGCGCGAGUAUAAGGGGUUGAAAUUUCUGACUAAAAUGCUCAUCACCAAAGAAGUCAUGGAUGGCGCACGUCUCCACUACAACCACUCCUACGAGCGGGUAGAGAAGCGGCUGAAUCGCGGCAUCGACAUUGGGAAACCCGACAUCUGGAAGCUUGCCAUGGAGAAGACAGAUCAAGUAUCAGACAUGUCAAAGAUGCAGAUGACGGCCCACGCACAAGCAUUCAUGAUGGCUGGAACGGAAACUACCGCCACGUUACUCAGUGGCUUGACAUUCCUCCUGCUAAAGCAUCCACAUUACAUGCAGAGACUACAGAUCGAGGUGCGUGCGCUAGGCAGGGAAGACUUGAACCUUGAAAACCUAGCCCGUCUACCUUUCCUCAACGCAUGUCUCCAAGAAGCCCUUAGAAUCUACCCGCCUGCCCCAAUUGCCCUUUUCCGCAUCACACCAAAGGGCGGCAACAUGAUCUGUGGAGAAUGGAUACCGGGAGGCACUAAAGUCGCUAUCCCCCACUACGCUGCCUACCACCACCCUUCCAACUUCAAAGAUCCAGAUUCCUUUAUUCCCGAGCGCUGGCUCCCUGGAACCGGUUACGACAGCGAUCGCAAAAAUGUACACAAUCCAUUUUCUGUUGGGCCGCGCAACUGUAUUGGUCAAAACCUGGCUAAUCAUGAGAUGCGCGUUAUUCUCGCAUCGCUUACUUGGCACUUUGAUUUCGAGUUGUGUCCCGAAAGUUCGAAUUGGCUUGAUCAGAAGGUGCAUUUCUUGUGGGCGAAGGAUCCUCUUCUUGUCAAGGCGAGAUAUAUCAGAUAG